AGCGGAUUUUCCCGAGAGAAAAGCCUGCCAGGAACAAGCCACGGGCGACGACAACUGUACCAGCGUUAAUUUGCAUUAUCGGAAUUAGCUCUUCUAAAUUCGUAAGAGCUUCUGGUUACCUUUGUUUGUAAAGGGGAGUCCGGACCCACGAAGAUAAUAGUAUGAUUAAGAUAACUGUUCGUUUCUGCGGAGGAAGAUGACACUGAGUUAUCUUUCCGCUGGAUGGAGAUUGAAGAAACUUUUAGAAGACUGUUUCUGAAGCAUUUUUUUCUGUUUCGAAAACGGAUUCGAAGCCGCGACAUUCCAGGAGAAGUAUUGUGUUUUGUACUUGGUUAUGAUGCGAACAGACACACCCUUCUGAAUUCACGGGUUCAAUGUUAACUGCAGUUAUUUAUUUUCACAUAUGUUCCGCUUUGUAAUGACAACGGAAUAUGAUUUAAAGCAAAAGGAAUUCUAUGAAACUACUAUAAGUGACCUCGUUCGAAGUGCCUGCAGUGGGAAGAGAAGAUAGCGUGCCUUUAACAGAGCAUUUCGUGAGUAAUCGUAAUAGUUUAGGCUUGUCUGGUGCGUAGACGAAAACCUGAUAACUGGUGCAGUGUAAACCCGGCAACGGUGCCUUAUUGCAGUGCCCACUCAGUGUCGAAGCCACGGUGAUUGGAUGGCGAGUGUGUUUCGUGCAUUUCAUGGUGCCUAAGACUCCUUGUGAUUGCCUUGUGAGGGAAACUACAGAAGAAUUCGUCUUGGAAAGAGAAGAUUGUGAAAGGAUAACGAAACAUAAAAAAAAACAUUGGAGAUUAUCCUGUUGAAAAAAAGAAGACUAAACCGUGAAUUUCUGUCAUUUGGUGAAUAUGUUUGAUCCUCGCACAACUGAACGAAAACACUUCAGACAUAUCUAGAAGGUUGGCCAAAAGAGAUCUCCUUCGGUAGACUUUUCACCCGCUGACCCCCCCCCCCCCCCAGCCUCGGCCUCAGGAUGGUUCGCGUGUCGUGGGGCGGAGAGGUGGUCAUCGCCGACCUCGCCCACGUGGCUGGCGACGGCGGCAACGGGGGCGACGGCACCCACUCCCGCCCGCUGGAUGUCACGACCACCUCGCCCACAGCCACGACCACUCCGACGGUCACGCCCACGACCUCCGCCACGCCCUCGGAGACGCCCACGAUCUCUCCGGCGCCGACGGACUCCACCCCGCCGACGAUAUCCCCCUUGCCCCGGGCGCCGACGGCCAUCGUGGAGGCGCUGUCCGACGGGGAGGAGAGCGCCGUGUCCACCUCGUUCUCCGACGACCACCGGUCGCUGCGGGACGACCUGCGCGACGACCUAAGCUCCCCGCGGCCCCGCAGCCCCAGGGCGAAGUCGGAGAAGAGCCGCCUCAUCCGAAUGGCCGACGACGACAACAACAACGGCAACUCCAACGGCAACGGCGACGUGACCAUCAGCAGCGACGACUACCGGCGGUUCCUGACCCUCAAGGGCAGCCCGCCCGACGCCAAGACCAAGGUGGACGUCAAGAUCGCCCCGACGGCGCCGCCCGAGGACGACAUCUUGACCUCGAUGGACCGCAUGCUGGCAACCCUCAGCGACCUGGAGGACGACCUCGAACCCAUAGACGGCAUAGACACCGAGUCCGACUCUGAUAUCGACGAGGCCGCAGCGAGGAGGGAACUCCUGACGGACAAAUGGAGACAAUUAUUCGACAAAUUUGACCUGGAGGGCUUCGGCGAGAUCCCUUGGCCGGACUUCAGAAACGCCCUCGUUCAUCCGGAGUUCGUAGCCGCCGUCGACGUGCACAAGAGGGAGCAGUUAGCAGCCAAGGCCCUCACGCCCUCGACGUCCGCCAUCACUUUCCAGGACUUCGUUAAUGUGCGAGUGCGAACAGUGACGCCGAACACACGACCGGUCACCAUAAGUGUCGUGGCGUUCGGGCGUGACCUGACCUGA